GGCGGAGCGGACCGGGUCGACUGUGGAGGGCGUCGAGGGCGUUCGCGGCUUACCCGGCGGCCCUGCUCUUGGCUCCCGGGCCUUCCGCCUUUGCUUCGGGAGUCUUCGUCGGUGGCUAUCGCUUCAGCCUUUCCCGGGUGGGCUCGAGUCGGGUCGCACUGCUGUGAUCCAUCACCUUCUCCUAAAGAUGCAUCCUGACUUAUCUCCACACUUGCACACUGAAGAAUGCAACAUCUUGAUUAACUUGCUUAAGGAAUGUCACAAAAAUCACACCAUUCUGAAAUUUUUUGGUCAUUGCAAUGAUCUUGAUCGGGAGAUGAGAAAAUGCUUGAAGAAUGAGUACAUGGAAAAGAGGACCAAGAGCAGGGAGCAUGGCGAUGCAAUGAGAAAGAGACUUUUUAAUCCUCCAGAGGAAUCUGAAAAAUAAAUUCUGUUUUAACUGGAUGCCUUGGCUGAGAGAAGACCUAAAGACUCUUGGUUGAUAGCCGAAAGAAUCCUAUCUUAUUUGGUCUCCAGAAUCCUUUGAAUGGAAAGUGUCCCAUGAGAAACUGAACCAUGAAAAAAUAUGAAAACCCUGGAUUCUGGAUAUUUUGGGGGCAGAGCCUUUAGUACUGUCUUUUGUCUACCAACAAACCUGACUUCUACAAUAUUUCUUCCUUUUGUCUACAAGCAGUUAACAUUUGAGUAACUUAUCU